UGCAAUUAACUACAGGUAUAUGAGCCAUCUGCUGUCCUCUGCUUUAGUCAAAUAUCGUCAAGCAAAUGCUUCAUUAACUCCCAGUGUGGGUUGCCAGUACAAAGAGAUCACCGUUUACCAGAUCGGGCUACAUGAUGGCUUUUCACCCAGUAGGAGUACCACCAGGUUUAGAAUAUCUUACUCAAAUUGACCAGCUCUUGGUUCACCAGAAAGUGGAGCUCUUGGAGGCUUUUCUUGGUUGUGAGACCAAAAACAAGUAUGAGAUCAAAAACAGCAUGGGCCAAAAGAUCUUCAGUGCCAAGGAGGACACAAACUGCUGCAACAGGAACUGUUGUGGCCCAAUGAGGCCCUUUGACCUUCUGAUCAAAGAUCACAAUGACCAGGAAGUCAUCCAUUUGAUCAGACCUUUCCGGUGUGCGUCCUGCUGCUGCCCCUGCUGUCUUCAAGAGAUAGAGGUCCAGUCACCACCAGGAACUACAAUUGGCUAUGUGGUCCAGGAUUGGCACAUGUUCUUACCCAAACUGUCAGUCCUGGGGCCUUCGAAGGAAAACCUGAUGAAAAUAGAGGGACCAUGCUGUGCCAUUAGCUGCUGUGGGGAUGUAGACUUUGUGCUAAAAGGUAAAGAUGACCAAGCCAUUGGGAAGAUUAGUAAACAAUGGAGUGGACUGGUGAAGGAGGCGUUCACUGAUGCAGACAACUUCGGAAUCACAUUUCCCCUCGACCUCGACGUAAAAGUGAAGGCUGUGUUGCUUGGGGCUUGUUUUCUACUCGAUUUCAUGUUUUUCGAGUAUACGAGGGACAGUGGACAGCGAUGCAGUGUCUUUGGGUGAAGCCACACAGAAGUGGCGCCAGAGCAGGGGUGUCCCUCUCUGGCUCUUGAAAGACGCAACUCUUCCAAGGAUACCUCUCCUAGCGCUUCUGACAACCUGACACAACUUAUGCGCACUUGCCAUGCCCUGCCCUCUCUUCCCUCCUCUCCACCUCCCUCUCUCUCCUCUAUCUCCUCCUACCAUUUUCUCCACCUACCACACUUUGACUAGUACUUAUAAUGUAGGCACUCCUAUUCUCAGUACUAGUAUUGACAGAUACAGUGGUAAUUCCUAGCUACGGUCUCCUCUACACUGUAGCUUAUGUUAUCCUAUUGCUGUAAGGAUAAAAGUGUCUGCCAAAUGAAUGAAUGUUAAUGUGGAAGAAAUCCUAUAUUUGUUGUGCACUGGUGAAAGCGUUGUUGCUAAAAUCUUUCUAAUACAAAUUUCUUUGGUAAUAAUAUGUGCUUUAUUUUUUAUAUAAAGACAACAAAUGUUAUGCAGUACCAGUUUAGUUUUGUUUAUACAAUCUUAAUUAUUAAUGUGUCAAUAUUUGAUCUCUGUUCUGAUGACCUUUUUUGUACUGGUAAACUGUUAAAAUCAGCUCAUUAAUGUUGAUAAUUUGACAACUUCUUAAAUGAUUAAACUUGGUCUUUGUGAGUGGCAACAAGGA